UUUCACCGACGAAGAAGAAGAAAAGAAGAAGAAGAGGAGACGUCAGCGCAUUCGAAGAAGAAGAAUCAUACAUUUGGAGGAAUCAUGGCUUCCCCUGCUGGUUGUGAGCAUUAUGUACGCAGCUGCUUGUUGAAAGCUCCUUGCUGUGGCAAACUGUACGUGUGUCGGCUGUGCCACGAUGCAGAGGAGAACCACCAGAUGGAUCGAUUCAAAGUCACAGAGGUGCAGUGCUCUGAGUGUCACACCGUGCAGCAGGCACAACAAACUUGUGAGCAGUGUAACGUGCAGUUUGGGGAAUAUUACUGCAGCAUUUGCCACUUGUUUGACAAGGAUAAGAAACAAUACCACUGUCAGCCUUGUGGGAUAUGCAGGAUCGGGCCCCGGGAAAAGUAUUUCCAUUGUGAGAAGUGCAAUCUGUGUUUAGCCCAGAAUCUGCGAGGAAAUCACAAGUGUGUUGAAAAUGUCUCGAGGCAGAACUGUCCGGUGUGUAUGGAGGAUAUCCAUACAUCCAGAAUCAUGGCUCACGUUCUUCCAUGCGGCCAUCUUUUACACAAGACCUGCUUCGAUGACAUGGUCAGAACGGGUGCAUAUCGCUGCCCUCUGUGUAUGCACUCUGCGUGGGACAUGGAGGACCACUGGGAUCAGAUAGACAAAGAGAUCUCCCUGUCCCCGAUGCCCACCGAGUACCAAGGGGCCACUGUCAAAAUUAUAUGUAACGAUUGCCAAGUCCACUGCACGGUGCCUUUCCACGUGCUGGGGAUGAAGUGCAGCGGCUGUGGCUCCUAUAACACGGCUCAGGACGGAGGACUCAUCCAGCAGCCGGCGCCACAAGAGCAGCCCGAGCAACCGGACGCAGAGCCCGACCCAGAAACAGACACGGAGCCGGAACAGCAAGAUCCAACGCAGACCACCUUGCCAAAUUAGAUCCACAACCAAUCACAAUGCCUGAUUUAAUUUUUCAAACUCGAGACGUUUGUCAGACCGCACCUCUGUUCUUCAGUCGUACGUCAGAAAGAAUCUAUCUAGAGUUACUUUUUCUGUAGCUGCUCGUCCUCUGCAGGGUGGGAACCUCCCCGAGCACGCGUCUUAUGAAAUUAAGGAUGCAGCUCUUAAAGGUUUCCGCCCCCCCGCCCCCGCCCAUCUGACUAACAUGUGUUUACACAUUUUCACACUACCUGACCACGAGGACUGUCUUACUUGAGGGGUCAAGUCGCUGAGGCUCCAUGAAUUAAAAAAAAAACA